AUGGCUAUGAAACCUACUACAUCGUCUUCUACGACCGCUGACUCCAAGUCGGAGGACUGGGUGGACUGGGUGUAUCGCACCUAUCCCGGCCGCACCCACCAGGAAAUCCUCGAUUUCUAUGUAUCUCAUGUUUCAGGAACGGAGAAGCAGAUCGGCCGCUAUCCUACUCCUAACGAGGUCAUGUACGUCGUUGAUAUCAAUGACAAAGUCAAAAUUGGCAUAUGGCGCGGAGAUCUGGCAGACAUGCGUCAAUACCAUUUCGCCUUUAUCAACCCCGACUCUGGUCGACCGGUUCCAACACCCCGUGGCAUCCAUGUUUAUGGAGUACGGCGUCCAGAUGGAGGUGGGACAGCAGAGGAAUUGAUCUCGAUUGAACGGGCCCUCGGCCUGAAAGUCAAAACCUUCAGCGAAGUCUUCAUGAUACCUGAGGGUACGGAUUGUUGA